UUGCUCAUGCAUUCAAGGUAAGGAGUUUGCUCACGACUGAGAGAGUGACUGUUUCCGUUCUCUGUUGUUCAACCAACCACCUGAAUAUUUAUCGUUUCUCAUUUCCUGGCCAUUGAAGGCUUCUUAUAUAAAUAUCACAUAUACAAUGACCCUCCACCACCCCACCAUCGCUGUCUCAGCUCCCGGCAAGGUCUUCCUCGCUGGCGGAUACCUCGUACUGGACCAGGAGUACACGGCUUUUGUAUUCGGCCUCGACGCUCGUAUCAACAUUAUUGCUGGAGACAUUCACACGACUGCUGGCGUUCAGCUCACUGAGAUUGUGGUUGAUAGUCCGCAAUUCCUGGAGGCACAAUGGCGGUAUGGUUAUCACCUGGCUGGCGAGGGAGGUGGUAUCAAAGUUACCCAGUUGCAGGUGUAAGUGACUUUUUCUUCAUAUGAAUGAGUGAAUAAUGUGAGGCUAUGUCCCCGUCGAUGAAACUGGAUGAGUUGCCAGUCCUCAGAGCGAUAGGAGUUCAUGAUAGGUUGGACGACAAUCACCACAUAAGCAAGGCCGAUCAUGAACUUCUCACAGGAAACUCUUUCUUAUACGCAAUUACCUCAUCUUACUCACUCAUCAGCAGCGGAGCACAAAUCAAUCCCAAUCCCUUCGUGGAGACAACUCUCAGCUAUGCACUCACCUACAUCGACCGAGUGGCCAAGCAGCGUCCUAGUCACAGCAUGGCAUCUGCUCGUCUCAUCAUCCUUGCAGACAAUGAUUACUACUCGCACUCUGAAUCCGAGAGCACACGUCAAGGGCGCUUUGCCAAGUUCCCUGUGACCUUGGGAGAUGCCAACAAGACGGGUCUUGGCUCAUCUGCUGCUCUCGUCACUUCACUGACUGCUGCUCUGCUGGCUCACUACCUACCAGAAGAUCUCUUCAAUAUCCAGUCUGACCGGGGCAAGAGGACGCUUCACAACCUGGCCCAGGCUGCACAUUGUGCUGCGCAAGGCAAGGUCGGUUCGGGAUUCGAUGUUGCAACCGCUGUCUAUGGAUCUUGCAGAUACAGACGCUUCUCUCCCGAGACACUGUCUUCAAUUCCCGAGCCCGGUGCGGCUGGGUUCGCGGAUGCGUUGGUCAAGCUCGUCGACGGCGAGUCUGCUUGGGAUGUAGAGGUUCUCAAGGAUGCAGUCAUCAUGCCCAAAGGAGUUGUUCUGCGUAUGUGCGAUGUGGACUGUGGAAGUAAGACGGUUGGUAUGGUCAAGAAGGUCCUCAAGUGGAGGUCAUCAAACCCAGAAGAGUCAAAGAAGCUUUGGGAUGAGCUCCAGAAGCGUAAUGAGCAGUUGAUUGCUACUCUCAAUGCCGGCGACGUCGAGAAUCUGCCGGGGAAGAUUACAGCUGUUCGAGAGAUGAUUAGACAAAUGGGUAGCGCCAGCGACGUCCCCAUCGAGCCCGGAAGCCAGACAGAGCUCCUCGACGCCCUCAGCACCGUCGAAGGGGUCUACGGCGGUGUCGUCCCUGGUGCGGGCGGCUACGAUGCCCUGGCUCUCCUGAUGAAGGAUGAUGAGGAGACGAAGCAGCGAGUUGAGGAGUUCCUGGACAAGUGGGCUAAGGAGAAGGGUACAAAGGUCAAGCUACUAGGCGUUAAGGGGGAGAUGGAGGGAGUUCGCUCCGAGAGUCUGGACGUGUACGCCGGUUGGAUCUAAAAGAUUAGCAGUGAUCUAGAAUAUAGCAGCGAGAAGCGAGGAUGGACGCAUGCGUGCAUGCAUGUCUUAGACUUCCAAAUGAAACAACAUGUCACUCUCCCCGUCAACGACAUUGUUCCGUCC